AUGUCUGCUUGUAGUCCAUUUCAAUGUGCUGCAUGGCCUGCUGCAGGUAAUUAUUCAGUUAGGUUGGACUCUUGCUUAUUUGUUGACCGAUAUAAUUUUAAUGCAAAAGCAGCUAUCAGUACACUAAAUGAUAUUAAACAACUUCAGGCCAAUACAUGGAUGGUUAUUUACCCUGAAGGUACUAGAUUCAAUCCAUGGAAGCAUGAUGUGAUUCAAGCUUCGCAAAAAUUCGCGGUUGAAAAAGCUGGUAUUAAACCGUUCAAGCAUGUUUUGGUGCCAAGAAGAAGAGGUAUUCAGUUGAUAUUAAAUCAGAUGCAUGAUUGUCUUGAUGCUUUAUACGAUGUGACAACUGUAUUCGCUGAUGAAAAUGGUUAUCCAUAUGAUCAUUCGAUACCUGCACCAGGUUUGGGAGAACAUUUAGAAAAAACCCUUUAG